AUGGCUGGGGGAGGAUUUGUUGCUCACGGCCGGAGAAAAACCUAUGAAGAUCGUGUCACUACCUUUGUGGUCAUCACUUGUAUAGUUGCUGCAAUGGGAGGUCUCCUCUUCGGAUAUGAUGUUGGAAUUUCUGGAGGCGUGAUCUCAAUGGAAUCGUUUCUGAAGAAGUUCUUCCCAUCAGGUUUAGAAAAACAGAAAAAUAAUAAGGCCACUACUCAUGAAAGCGAGUAUUGCAAAUUCGAUAGCCAGCUACUAACAUCGUUCACCUCUUCGCUCUACCUUGCCGCUUUGUUAGCCUCCUUUUUUGCUUCUGACGUGACAAGGAUCUCUGGUCGGAAAGCUUCCGUGUUUAUUGGAGGCAUUGCUUUUCUUAUUGGCUCCAACCUUAAUGGUAUUGCCAUGAAUAUGAUAUUUUUAAUCAUUGGCCGCUUGAUGCUUGGUGUGGGUGUUGGAUUUACUAACCAGUCUGUUCCGGUUUAUCUAUCAACUAAGAUUAGAGGAGCUAUCAACAUUGGUUUCCAAAUGGCGGUUACUAUCGGGAUUCUAACUGCUGGUCUUAUUAACUAUGGCACAGAAACUAUCGAGGAUGGAUGGAGAGUUUCUUUAGCUCUUGCAGGCGUUCCUGCGAUAAUGAUGGCUAUCGGAGCUGUCUUAUUACCAGAUACUCCCAACUCCCUGAUUGAGAGAGGCUACACUGAAAAGGGAAAAUUAAUAUUACAAAGGAUUCGUGGCACUAAGGAUGUCAAUGAGGAAUUCAACGACCUCGUUGAGGCAAGCGAAGCAGCAAAGAAAGUAGAAGACCCUUGGAGGAACAUCCUUGAGCCAAGACCUAGGCCCCAUCUAGUCAUAUGCACUCUCAUCCCGUUAUUCCAGCGGCUCACUGGCAUCCAUGUUAUCACGUCUUAUGCGCCUGUUCUCUUCAAGAUUUUAGGCUUCGGUGAGAACGCUUCAUUUAUGUCUGCGGUCAUAUCUGGCUUAGUGAAUAUGCUUGCCACGAUUGUUUCCAUCCACUCAGUUGACUCGUUUGGAAGGAGGAUUUUAUUCCUUGAAGGCGGCGCCCAAAUGAUUCUUAGCCUGAUAUUGAUUGCGGUUAGAAUCACGAUAGCUGUGCAGUUAGGGUUCAAUGGUGAGGGGAGCUAUGCAAAAACCGAGGCCAAUUUUCUGUUGUUCCUGAUCUGCGUGUACAUAGCAGCAUUUGCAUGGUCUUGGGGGCCAUUGGGAUGGUGGAUAAAUAGUGAGAUUUGCCCUCUAGAUAUCCGACAAGUUGGACAAGCAAUUAAUGUCUCAGUUAACAUGCUCUUCACCUUCUUAAUUGCUCAGGUCUUCCUCUCCACGAUUUGCCACAUUAGGUUUGUUCUCUUCCUCCUCUUCCUCGGGGCUGUUAUAACCAUGACCAUUUUCAUUGCCUUGUUCUUGCCUGAGACAAAGAACAUCCCGAUUGAAGAGAUGAACAGAGUCUGGAAGGGACAUUGGUUCUGAGGAAAGUACAUCGCAAAUGAAACCGUCAACGGCAACCCAUCUUCCAGUGUCAAAGUUGUUGUAUGACCAAAAAUGCAGAGUGCACUUAAAGCCAAAGCAAUAGUCAGAAAGCAAAUAAAGAAUUCAUAUUCACCUUUGUUGGGUUUUAUGUCUUGAUUUAAC